AUGUCUGACAACAUGACCAGCCUGGCAGACAAGUUGCAGGACUUGGAGCUGUGCCUCAAGAGUCAGCAUAGUCACAAAGUCGGGUAUGGUCGGGCUCUGAGAGAAGCCAUUCUUUCCAUGGAUCUCUUCAUGGAGUUAGAAGUCCUAAAAAGUCUUGGAGACCUGCAUCUACAGAAAGGUAAGCAGGGAAAGGAUUCAGCAGAGUUUGACACGGUUGCUGCCCUGUAUGCUGCUGCCUUUCUGCGCUGCAAAGAGCCAGACAUGGGGGAAACACUUAGCCAUCGAAUUGACUACAUGGAGAAACUCUGCAGACAACUGCUGCAGGGGUACACUCCACAGUAUCAGUGGUUGUCACCAGACUACUGGGGCACUGCUGACAGUAAUGUCUUAAGGGUGGCAGAAAUUUGCAACAAAUUAGACAAAAGGGUGGGUAAACUCUGGCAAUCUGUUGAGGAGUCCUACACAGAAACAUUAGUAACUGCAGUCGGCAAGGGUGACGUGUUCUUGGAGGUUGAGGUUCUCAAAUCUCUUGGAGAUUUCUACCUUGAGAAAGGCAGGAAAACAUCCAAACUAUCCCAGUUCUCCAAGGCGGCUGCCAUGUACGGCAAGGCCCUGACCAGAUGUGAGGAUCUGGAGAUGAAACAAACUCUGCACCAUCGUGUCUUGUACAUGGUGAAGAUCUGGGGAGCAGUGAGAGCUAGAAGGAAAUCAUCAUCAAAGAAAUCAAGAACAAGAGGAAGAGCAAGACCCACGAGGCAUCAGUUUGGGAACAUCAAAAGACCUGAUGUUACUCAGGGCAACCAUCCACGUCCAGACGUAAACAUUAAAAGCUCAUACCAAGACCACCUACAGGAGGGCUGCAGGGCCCUGCAGAUAGGAGACCUGGACACGGCAGAACAACACUUUGCAACUGCACUUAAAUCUGUACAUGUCAAAUUUUCAAAGUCUGACCAACACAUCAAAGAAGCAGAGCCCCUCUACAAGUUAGGCGACGUCUACCUGAAGAGAGGAAUCCAGUCUAAAGAUGGAGGAGACUUCACCAAGGCUGCAGCACUCUGUAAUGCAGCACUGGUAAAGGAGUAA